AUGAGUGACGAGAGCAAUCCUCGUACCCUAUAUGUUGGUAAUUUAGACCCAUCAGUCACCGAAGAGUUGCUGUGUGCAUUGUUCACUAAUAUUGGUCCAGUAAAUGCAUGCAAGGUAAUACGUGAGCCAGGCAGUGAUCCUUAUGCGUUUCUUGAAUUCGACACUCAUUCGGGCGCGGCUACAGCACUAGCCGCAAUGAAUGGUCGACUCUUCUUAGACAAAGAGAUGAAAGUCAAUUGGGCCACAACACCUGGCAAUCAGCCUAAGCUUGACACAAGUAACCAUUAUCAUAUAUUUGUUGGGGAUCUAAGCCCUGAAAUUGAAACACACACUCUAAAAGAGGCAUUUGCGCCAUUCGGGGAGAUUUCCAACUGUCGUAUUGUACGUGACCCUCAGACUUUAAAGUCUAAAGGAUACGCGUUUGUAUCAUUUGUAAAAAAAUCUGAUGCCGAAAAUGCUAUUAAUUCUAUGAAUGGUCAAUGGUUGGGUAGUCGGAGUAUCAGGACAAAUUGGUCAACAAGAAAACCACCUCCACCUAGGGCCCCAAACAAGUACAGUGGUUAUCGAGCAGUGACAUUUGAUGAUGUCUAUAAUCAGUCCAGUCCAACAAACUGUACAGUAUACUGUGGAGGCAUUGUUGAAGGCUUAACAGAAGAGCUAGUUGAACAGGUGUUUUCACGCUUUGGCACAAUUGUUGAAAUUCGAGCAUUCCGAGAUAAAGGAUAUGCAUUUAUUAAAUUUUCAACAAAAGAAGCGGCUACAACCGCUAUUGAAGCUGUACACAAUACAGAAAUAAACGGACACCCCGUUAAAUGUUUCUGGGGUAAAGAGUCAGGUGACCCAAACAGUGCAGCUAAUCUAGCUGCGCAGGCCGCAGCUAGUACAGAUACUACUGGUCAAUACUCAUAUAAUAUGGCAUAUAAUCAAGGAAUGAAUUACUGGUACCCAUAUGCUCAAAUGCAAGGCCAAUAUGUGCAGGGUAUGCAAGCCGCCAGCUAUGGUGGUGCUGCUGCAUACAGUCAAUAUACUGGAUAUCCAUAUCAGAUGGCGAAUGCCACUGCUUAUCAAAUGGGUAAUGGAACAGGACAAGCUGCUAAUGGACAACAGAUGUCAACACCAGCCAAUAUGCAAGCUGGAGUUUACUCAAUGCAGUAUCAAACUCAGUGA